AGUGUCAAGUUUAGCAUGAUACUCUCAAAGAGAGAUCCAAAACUACCUCAGGGCCAAAAUAGGGCCAUUUCCCUGGCGCCGGGGGGCUCGGAGACUGUGGCCCUGAGGUAGACCCUGAGACGGCCCCUGAGGCGGUGCGCUCAGUGAGCAGUCCUGCGCAGCCGCAGCCUGCUGGACGCAGGCGCUUUCGACGGCGCAGGCGCACGCCGAGAGCCUAGAGGAGCAGGUACAGAGAACAUCCAGGUAGUGACUGCAGUUCCACCUCUGGUCUGGUUGGCAUGUAUCAUGGGCGAAGUACUGGUAAAGGGCCCUCCACUCCCACGCAGAUUUACCAGCAACCUCCAAGGCUUCUCAUUGUGCAUAUUGCUCUACCGUCCUGGGCUCACAUCUGCUCCAACCUCUGUGAGGCUCUGCAGAACUUUUUCUGUCUAGCCUGCAGCUUGAUGGGCCCCAGCCGCAUGUCCCUCUUCAGCUUAUACAUGGUACAAAAUCAGCAUGAAUGUAUCCUUCCCUUUGUGCAAGUGAAAGGGAACUUUGCUAGGCUGCAGGCCUGCAUCUCAGAACUCCGCACGUUGCAGAAAGAAGGCUGUUUCAGACCACACAGCACUUCUCUGCAGCUGGCAGUAGAGGAUGGGCUCCAGCAGUUCAAACAGUACACCAGACACGUGGCCACAGGUGCAGCUCUGAGCUACACUUCCCUGGAGAUUACUGUUCUGACUUCUCAGCCUGGAAAAGAGGUGGUCAAACAAUUGGAGGAAGGAUUGAAAGAUACAGACCUAGUAAGGGUCAGGAGACUUCAGGUGGUUGAGAUCACAGAGGGAGUCCUAGAGUGUAUGGACUCAGUAUCCCCUGUUGAAGAGCCUAGCAGCGAUGAGAGUUCUGUCCUGGGAACUGACAUUGACCUUCAGACCAUAGACAAUGAUGUUGUCAGCAUGGAGAUUUUCUUCAAAGCCUGGCUACAUAACAGUGGAACAGACCAAGAACAUAUCCAUCUUCUUCUUCCUUCACGGUGUUUCAGCAACAUUUCCAGAACCGGAGAUGAUUCAAUGUGCCUGAAAUGUGAUCUCCAAGAGCGACUUCUCAGCCCGUCCCUGCUCCCUGGCACAGCUGAUGGCUCCUUGAGAAUGGAUGACCCCAAAGGAGACUUCAGCACACUUUACCAGAUGGCCUCCCAGUCAUCAGCCUCUUGUUACAAGCUCCGGGUGAUCAAGGCUCUAAAUUCCAGUGGGAUCUGCGAGUCGUUGACAUAUGGACUGCCCUUCAUCCUCAGACCCACAAGCUGUUGGCAGCUGGACUGGGAUGAGCUAGAGACAAAUCAGCAGCAUUUCCAUGCUUUGUGUCACAGCCUGCUGAAAAGACAAUGGCUGCUGUUGGCCAAAGGGGAGCCCCUGAGUGGAGGACACAGCCUGAGGACGCCUGCCAGCACUUUCUAUGUGAUUGUGCCAUCACGCUCCCCCACUCUGCUGGUGAAGGCAGUGGCCACUAGGGAACUGUUGCUGCCCAGCCCCUUCCCCCCGCUGCCUGAGGACCCAACUGACGUCAGUCUUAAGACUGUGGAGAGGGUGCUGGACAGCCUGGAGCUAGAGCCCACCUACAACCCCUUACAGGCUUGGAGCCACCUGUACUCACACCUGAGCAACACCUUGACCAAGCUUCAGGGCCGGAUCCAGCCAAGCUUGGAAAGCCGGGCCCUGAGAAAGGCUGGGCAGUUGCAGACAAACCGAGUUCGAGCCACAGUGGCCCCCCUGCCUAUGACUCCAACCCCUGGCAGAGCCCCCAAGAUGCCAGCAGCCAGCAAGCCUUCCUCAGAAGUCUUCUUCUGGCCUUCCAAGGAGGAAGAAGUGGAGGAGCAGAAAGGGGAGGAGUAUCCCUCUGGGCCCUAAGUCACCAGCACCAGAGCCUGGUGGCCCUGUUCAACCACAUCCACAUUAAGGCUCAUACAGUGAAUGGCCUUCGCUCCACCUGAGCCUCUGUGAGCUCCAGGCGACUGGGAAACAGAGCCUUCCCCUCCUCAGUCUUCAGAACUGCUGCCGCCCCACUGCUCAGUCCUGGAAGAGACACACCUGAACUUUUUCCUUCUCCAAGCAGGAACUCAUUUUCUUUUGGAUUAUUUGAUACUGUUAGCACAGUAUCAGAUUAAAUACCCAGUAAGUCUCUACCAUUGUUAGGAGCAUUCCCAGCCCAAAUUUUUCCUUGUAGUUCCUGGUAAACAGGUAGACAAGGUCAGGUCACCUUCAGGAAACUGGACAUCAGGAGACAAGUACAAGGUUUUUAGAGCUCAUGAAAAGAAGUAGGAUUGAAAUCGAAGCCUCAUUCCAAAGGCUGUAUUCUUCCCGCUACACCCACCACACUGCGGUUUCCUUCAGCCCUCAGACAGAAAAGCGGUUGGUACUGAUACCUACAGGCAGAGUAGGGGGUGGGGGGGCAGGAGGUGUCCUAUAGCUGAGAAGAUAAGGGGAAAACAGUGUGGAAAAGGCCUGUUUCCUUCCUAUUUCUCUCUCCCCAAACCUGUCCACUUUUCUUUUUUCUUUUCUUUGUUUUUCUUUUCUUUUCUUUUCUUUUUCUUUUCUCUUUUCUUUUUUUUUCUUUUUUAUCUUGAGAGAGAGAAAAAGAGAGAAUCCCAAGCAGGGUCAGCGCUGUCAACACAGAGCCCGAUGCAGGAUUUGAUCUCAUGAAUGUGAGAUCAUGACCUGAGCUGAAACCAAGAGUCGGACGCCUAACUGACUGAGGCACCCAGGUACUCCUGUCCACCUUUCCGUUGGCCCUUUCCACCUACAGAAUAACUACCAUUUAUAAAAUGCUUAAUCUGCGAUUCAGGUUGCACUAAGUACUUGAGAAAUUUAACUCCUUUCACACAAACAACCCUGUGAAGUAGAGUCUGUUAUUGGGUUUUCCCAUUUUACAGGGAGUCACUGAGGAAAACUGAGGGUUAUAGAUGUUAUAUGACUUGCUCAGUAUCACAGAGACAGGCUCAAGCCCACGUGGGCCCAACUGGACCACCCAGGCUCUCAACCACCACACUGCUCCACUCACCUGCGACCCCACCCUCCUUCUGUGGAUUCUCCUGACCCCCUCCACACCCACCCAGCACCCCUGCCACCAUGGCAUCUCUGUGACUAUUCACACACAUAGACCUCUUAAACCCAAACUGACUUUAAUGAGAAUAAACUUUUUAAAAUCUA